AUGGAUUUGUUUAAAGUAAACUACGAUGAACGCGAAAAAAUAUGGAGCGGCUCCAAAAUUGUUCCUCUACACAACAUAGAACAUCACUCCCCAGGCAGGAUUUUAUUUAGUCAAAUGAAAAUGAGGCCGAGUAAAGUGAUACAGAUUGACGACUUUGAUGGCAAGACCUUAACCAAUCAAGAAAUGUUAAACUUUUCUAUUCGGAUAGCUCGCCACUUAAAGAAAAUGGGCAUGGGUCACGAUGACAUUGUAGGAAUGGCAGCACAAAAUACCACCUACCUGGCGCCAGCGGUAUUGGGGUGUUUUUUAAAUUGCACGCCAUUUCAUGCAAUACAUCCAAAUUUUAAAGAAGCUGCUGCAAAGCAUUGUUUUGGCAUUACCAAGCCAAGCAUUAUUUUCUGCGAUGGAUCCAAUUAUGAGAUCAUAAAAAAUGCCACCAUAUACUUUAAGCCCGCAAUUUAUACUUUAAGCGAUCAUAUUGAAGGAGUACCAUCUAUCUUGGAUUUAUUGGAACCCACUGAAAUGGAAUUGUUUUUCCAACCGGAACCAUUAACAUUAGGUGCUGAUCAAACAGUUGCAAUUUUAUGUUCAUCUGGUACAACAGGAUUGCCUAAGGCUGUUACUUUAUCCGCUCGCACUAUUGUACUUGAGACUUUUUUACUAAACGGCGAAUCUGUGUACUAUUCCCCCAGCUGUUUGGAUUGGGUCAGUGGACUUAUUAGUUUGGUAAUGAACAUCUAUUCAAGCUGCACCAGAAUUAUAAGUCGCAAAACGUUUACGAGUGAAUAUUUUAUGGAAUUAAUGGGAAAGUAUGGGAUAACUUGUGCGAUGUUGUCGCCAAUGCAUAUUUCUGCUUUGACACUUUCUCCGCAAUGCACUACCGAGAAGAUGUCUACACUUCAAUGCGUGACAAGUGGAGGAGCGGGUAUUUCUGCACAAACGCUUACAAAGUUUCAAAGUAUUGUACCCAAAUGCAUGAUAUGUUUCGGUUAUGGGUGCACAGAGUUUGGUGGAAUCGCCUCCAACAUUGGAUUGGGACGAGCUAAUUCGGUAGGAAAGGUAUUGUUCAAUGUGAAACUACGCAUUGUUGAUGAUGAUGGCAAAAACUUGGGCCCUCAUAAAGUUGGAGAGGUGGUAGUUCAAUCUCCCUUCAAAUGGGGCGGUUACUAUAGCAAUCCCAUGGAAACACAACGCGUUCUGGACUCAAAGGGAUGGUAUUAUACCGGCGAUUUAGGUUAUAUGGACGAGGAACACUUUCUCUAUAUUGUUGAUCGCAAAAAGGACAUUUUGAAGUAUCGCAGUCUACAUUUCUGGCCUGGAGAAAUUGAGAAUGUAGUGCUUGAGUUGAAAGAGGUGGUCGAUUGUUGCGUUGUAGGCAUUUUCGAUGAACGUUUCGGUGAUCUAGCCGGUGCACUUGUGGUGAAACGUAAAGAUGCAGCGAUUACUGCCCAGCAGAUAGUGAAUUAUGUGAAAGAACGUUUGGUGGAACCUGAAAAACAACUUCACAGUGGAGUGCGCUUUGUAGAAGAGCUGCCACACAAUAACAAUGGAAAGGUGUUGAAGCGAGAAGCUAGAGAAAUGUUCCAAAAAUUAAUGCAAUUAGCUUAA